CCAACAUACCUGCGUGAGAAAUUUCUAUAUAAAUCAUAUUCAUAUAUACUCCUUUACAAACCCUUUUCUUUUCUUUUCCUUCCCUGUACUUUCCGAUCACGAAACUAAUCAUCGUUCAUCAUGAAUCUAACCAGCAAGUUCUUCUUCUUCUUCUUCUCUCUAAUAACUUUCCUCUCGAUCUACACAAACAAAGAAGUGUCUGAGUUUUUAGUAUCUCUUCGACCGUCAGUAAGCGAGCAUCAACCCAGUGUAACGCCUGAUUCCAAUGAAUACGUAUGGAAGGUUGAAAACUUUUCUAGCUUGAGCAACGAAACGUAUAACUCUGAAGAUUUCUCCGCACAUGGUGUUAACUGGUGUUUGUAUAUGUACCCGAAAGGAGUGAUUGGAACCUGGCAUACGUUUGAUGGCCCUCAACUGAUGAAAGGAACUCACUUAUCGAUAUUUCUUACUCUCUGGACACUAGAGCCUGGUACACCCGGUUCAGUCUUGCCGUAAUCAAUCAAAAAGAUACGUCACAGACACGAAAAAUUGAUUCGCAAGGUGAAUUCCGCGGGAAGAUUGAUGGAAUGGGUUUUUUAAAAGUAAUGCCUCUUAAUGAACUAGUCGAUCCCGGAAAAGGAUUUGUCAUUGAUGACACUCUUUACAUUAAAGUAGAGGUCCUUUCUGCUUUGAAGAUAAUAAAGUCUAGUCCGGCACUCACUACAGAGAACGAUCUGCUUCCUCCAGCAAAAACAGAAACACAGUCUGAUGAUUCUAAGCUGACGUUAAAUAUGAACCCCCACGAAGAUCAAAGUGCAAAAGGAGAAGACGAUGCUAACCAAGGAAUAUUUCGAUUCUUCCAGUUUCUAGGUGGUUUUCGAAUGUGCAAAGAGGCUGUGUCUGAGGAACAAUCGAGUCAUACUACAGAGAACGAUCUGCUUCCUCCAGCAAAAACAGAAUCACAGUCUGAUGAUUCUAAGCUGAAGUUAAAUAUGGACCCCCAUGAAGAUCAAAGUACAAAAGGAGAAGACGAUGCUAACCAAGGAAUAUUUCGGUUCUUCCAGUUUCUAGGUGGUUUUCAAAUGCGCAAAGAGGACGUGUCUGAGGAACAAUCAAGUCAUACUGCUGACGCUAUUAAAAGCUUGGCUGCUUGAGUCACAGCACGUAGUUUACUGUUCUCUUUUUGGUGGUUAGUUUUUGUUGCUCUAAAUGGUAACAGUACCCUAAUAGCUUAGGUUGUUUAUAGUAGAAGAUGAAAAGGAUUUACUGGGAAAAGAUUCUUUUAUUGUCAUUCUUGAUUGCUGUAUGAUGUUGAGACUGGAAACUGCAUGCCAUACAUGGAAAUGUUGAGUGUCCAAAUGUUAU